AUGGCCGGCAUGCUCCCCGGCGUGGAGUCCGCGCGGCGGCGGCGGGUCCGGCAGUCGUCGUCCGGCGCGGCGGAGGCGCGGCGGGCGUCCCUGUGCCUGUACGCCGGCGGGCGUGGCCGUGAUCUUGGCCUUGGCUCGUCGUCGUCAGCAGCAGCAUCUUCCAAGGCAAGAACUUUGGUCGCCAUCAGCCUGUUCGUUCAUGUCGUGCGGAGCGGCGCUUGCGGGGAGACGACGACGGCGAUGGCGCGCGCGUGGACGACGACGCUGGGCAGCGACGCCCGGGAGGCGAAAGAGAGGCUGGAUCACAAGCUCAGGGGCCACAGACAACCUGUGGUGCUCAAGAGGCAUCAGAUGAGCACGCGACCCCCGCCAGCCAAACCGCACGACGACGCAGCGCGCGGCGGCAUGGGCGGCGGUGGCGAUAGCGAUGGUCACCACCGCCACCACUCGGCAACGGCGACAACCUGCGGCGUGCUGCUGCAGCGGGAGGUGCUGUCGUCGCCGUCGAGGCCGAGGAAGGGAGGAGGGGGCCGGUUCGGCUGGUGUGGGCUGCCCGGCGGGCGGUGCGCGCCGCCGCCCGAGGCGGACGCGGAGGCAGAGUGCGCGGUGUGCCUGGAGGAGCUCCGCGCGGGGGACGUGGUGGCGCGCCUGCCCUGCGCGCACCGCUUCCACUGGUCCUGCGCCGUGCCCUGGGUCCAGGCCGUCUCGCGGUGCCCCGUCUGCCGCGCCCACGUCGCCACCGGCCCCAGCUGA